AUUGUACGCACUUUUUUUCUUUCGUGCAGGUGACAGGCGCGGGGCACGGUAUUGGUAAGGAAUUAGCAUUGAAAUACGCAUCAUUAGGAGCUACAGUUGUUUGUUGGGACUUAAAUCCGCAAGGAAAUAACGGAACUGUAGAAGAAAUUAAACAAAUGGGUGUGGCAAAAGUCUAUGGCUACAAGUGUGACGUGGCGAACAGGGAAGAAGUAUUUAAAGUAGCAGAAAAGGUCAAACAAGACGUCGGAAACGUAACGAUCCUGAUCAACAAUGCCGGCAUAAUGCCCUGCCAUACAUUCCUGGAUCACUCGCCUGAAGAGAUUAAACGAAUGUUCGAUGUCAAUGUCAUGGCGCACUUCUGGACUCUGCAAGCUUUCUUGCCCAGUAUGAUCCAAAAUAAUCACGGGCAUAUCGUUGCCCUUUCGUCAGUAGCCGGAUUCGUGGGUUUGCCUAACUUGGUGCCAUAUUGUGUCUCAAAGUACGCCGUAAGAGGAUUAAUGGAGAGCUUGGACGAGGAACUUCGGCGAUCGAGCAAAGACAAGCCUUCGAAGAUCAAAUUCACCACCAUUUGCCCGUACAUGGUGGAUACGGGUCUCUGCAAGAAGCCGCGAAUGAGGUUCCCGAGCAUCAUGUCAUUGGCUGUACCGAAAAUGGUAGCUGACGAAAUAGUUCGGAUGCAGAGGCGAAACAUAAAACAAGUAUCCAUUCCCAAGUUCUUGAUACACCUUGACCAUGUUGUCAGAUGCCUGCCCGACAUGUGCGUACCUGCCGUUUUGGAUUUUGUAAAUGCCGGUGUCGAACCCGACAGCUAACAAAUAUUUCUAGGAUCUACCCACGGGAAUGUUAAAAGAAAUGAAAACACGCCCAUGGUCCAUAUUAAUGCUCGUGAACCAUUAAUAGUUCUAUAUUUUUUAUGUAUCUGUACCGUUUUAUGUCUUGGUAUCAUUGUAUGCACGUGUAAUUAUGUCGUCCGUGAACUUGUAGAUAACUUUUCUAUUGUAUACAUAGGUAAUGGAAUUUUUUGGGAUACAACACCAUCGUCUUUGAACAUAGUCUAUUCCUCUCUCAAUUUGUUAUUGGUGGGUUGUACGGAGUUAUACAUAAUAAACGUAAACUGAAAAGUACUUCUUCAUGUGCAAACGAGAAAUUUAGAUUUAUCACCGUGUUUUUUUUCUCUGAUAAUAUUUAUACUAAAUGGAUGUUAACAUAUAUGUGUCUGAUUAUAUAAAUAAUACAUAUAUAUAUAUGUAUAUGUAUGUAAUAUAACAUUAACAAACUUUAUUUUAUCUUAAUCGCAUUGAAACAUAUAACAAAUUCUUAAAAUGUAGAAUUAAUAAAUUUAUACAAUGUUCAAAUCUUAUAUAAAAUAUUUUACAAAUAUGAUUUUCCAUAACCAGAGAGGUAUAAAAUAGUUUCAUUGGUUUAAAUGUAUUGAUAUUUCAUUUUUAACGAUUUCGUCUAAAUUAUUGUAACCUUUUAUACCAACUUUAACACCAGCUACUUGACAACCAAAGGUUAUGGCACCUUGUAAAGUAGUGUGUGUAAUAAAUUCA